ACGAAGUAAACGCUCAACUCCCCCUUGAAACGUCACGGGAGAUUUCAAUAUUUAAAGAUUGCAACAAGUGAGGACAAAAGUUUUGCCCAAGAAGCGCUGUGAGCGACAGUCCCGUGUAAAGGCUGUAGUGCUAUAUCUUUUCUUCAACCGGAUUUCAGGAUACUUUCUUUCUUUUGUCACCAUGCCUCAGACUGUAACUCUGAGUGGUCCAUCACCGUGGGGUUUUCGCCUUGUGGGUGGACGGGAUUUCAGCACGCCGCUGACCAUUUCGAGGAUAACAGCGGGCAGCAAGGCAGCGCUGGGGGAGCUGUGUCCAGGGGACACCAUCCUGGCCAUCAACGGGGAGAGCACAGACGCCCUCACACACAUGGAGGCCCAGAACAGGAUCAAGGCCUGCACAGGCCAGCUGGUACUGGACAUCAGCAGAUCUGACCACAAGGCCUGGAGUCCAGCUGGGACAGAGGACGGCAAGACCAGCCCGUACUCCGUCUGCUCCGAGACCGACUCACAGGGCUUUCGACCCAUCACCAGUGGCUACGUCCAGAGCCCGUGGCAACAGCAGCAGCAUGUGGGCCUCAACAAUGGAAACUCCAAGCCCAGCAGUGCUCAGUACAAUAACCCGGCCGGCCUGUACGGCAGCAACGCCACCAACACUGCCCACUCUGCCCCCCCUGCCCACGCUGCCCCCCCUGCCCACUCCGGCUACUCCAAUGGUGACCGUGGGCUGAAUAAACACAUGGCCAGCCUCAGCCUGGUCUCCCCUCACAGUCCAGAGCCCAGGGUCCACUCUCCCAGCAGUGGGAACGGCGUGGACACGCAGUCCGACGUCUACAAGAUGCUCCAGGAUCCUGAGGAGCCGGUGUCCGCUCCCAAACAGUCCGGAUCGUUCCGGUACCUGCAGGGAAUACUGGAGGCCGAGGAUGGAGGUACCUCUCCCACAGAGAGAGGGCCGCGGGGCCUGCGCUCCCCUGUCCGGUCCCCGGUGCCCAAGCUAGGCCCCGUGUCUCCAGGACCUGCAGCUGGCCUUCAGAAGCUCCCACAGUGCACACGCUGUGGCAACGGCAUCGUGGGCACGAUGGUGAAGGCCCGAGACAAGCUGUACCACCCCGAGUGCUUCAUGUGUGACGACUGCGGGCUGAACCUCAAACAGAGAGGCUACUUCUUCAUCGAGGACAGCCUGUGGGCGGUAGACCCACGCUUGGUUCACGCGGUAGCCACCAGGGAAAAGGGCUCUGAUGACCCUCUAAAGGGCUCUGAUGACCCCCUGAUGACCCUCUAA